AUGUCCACCAAUGCUACUUCCACAGUUCCUGUCGCACUCCCUUCUGUCUCAUCCCUAGAUAAGACAUUUGGUGGCGUACUGAUUGCGACUUUUAUCGGGCUCAUUCUAUAUGGCUUGACGGUACACCAGACGCUCACCUAUUACCGAGUGUACACUGAGGACUCGUUCCUGCUGAAGCUCACAGUCCUUUGCCUCGCACUGCUGGACGCUGGGAACGCGGUCGUGACCAUGCAUGCGUACUAUCACUACCUCGUCACCAACUAUUUCAACCCUUCAGCCCUACUUGGUGGUGUUUGGUGA